AUGGCUACCUUGUUCGCAUCACAAGUCAUGGCAAAGAACGUCCCCUCAGCUCUCAAAGCCUUCUACAACAAGGCAAGGAGCGGCGGCGACUGCACCGGUACCCACGCUCUCCAAGCGGGCUUCUAUAACACCGAAUGGAGCGGCGGCCACACAACCUACUGCACCAGAUACCUCCCCACCGGCAAGGGCUUCUACCUCAAGGGUCCCGGGUCUGACCUGGCAAACAUGGACAUCGACUGCGAUGGGGAGCAGAGCAGCGGCGACGGACGCUGCAAGUCGUCAACCGACACACAAGGCCAGACACGGUGGGGUUUGAAGCGCCUCGAGAAGUCCGGAGUCAGGGACCUCAACGCAAAUAUCCAUCCGUACGUCGUUCUGGGGAACGAGGGCAGCUACAGCCCGACCUUUGACCCGCGCACAGUCGGCGUCGAGCCCCUGAGCAUUGUGGCCGUCGUGUGCGGCGACGAGCUCAUAUACGGGGUCUGGGGCGACACCAACGGGGACGACAACGAGCAUCCCAUGGUUGGAGAAGCCAGUCUGGCGCUGGCGACCGCGUGCUAUGGCACGAGUGUCAGCGGUAACAACGGCCAUGAUGAGUCGGAUGUGCUGUACGUUGCUUUUGCGGGCAAGGAGGCUAUGCCUGACAGCGCCAAGUGGGACGCAGACAGCUACGAGGCGUUCGAGGAGAGCAUCACUGCGCAGGGGGAUAAGCUGGUCGCGCAAUUGUUUGGCGACAACGCGGAUACGCCCAAGUCCCCGACGAGCAGUGGCUCUGAUCCUCAACACACCUCGCCUUCAUCGAGCAACGGCGACAGCGACAACAAGGAGGACUCGAAACACAGUCACAAGUCCGGUGGCACACCCCGAAACACCAUCCCACUACCUUGUCUCAUCAUUUUGAAUGCCUUGAUCGCCUUCUCCUGA